GCCUCUAACAGCAACAUUUACCACGAUGAGGAUUACUUUGUUCGUCGGCUUCUUAUUGCUUCCUCUUUACAUGGCGGAGGAACACGUCGUUAACGAGUUUUAUUCUCUCAUCGAGAAGGGUCAGGGAAGUUUUGUAAAUCCACCACAGAGCAACCAAAGCAGGCUAAUGGUGAAAGAGCCUUCUCUGCCCAUCAAUGAGCUUCUCGAGAAGAGUAGCAGGACUUCAGAGUCCAAAUUCUCCCUCCAUCCUUUACCGCCUGCUGUGUGGCCAAAGCAUAGCGACCUGUCUCCCGUCAUUCGCCACCACAACAAGAGUAAAAGAGGUCCAAAAAGUGACCACAUCCUGGAGCUGAGCACAGACAAAACCAGAGGAGAAGCGGCUGGUCUGCUUCCGAAACCUUCUCUGACGGCAUCUUCAGCCACCAACCGCACGGUUCAGAUGAGCCUCAGCCUACCUCAGCCCACUGAGUCGGAGGGCCAUACCAGCUCCAGACCGAGGAGCGCUCCUCCACACCCGCAGCCAGCUCCGGCACCCUCUCCUCGCAGAGAACCCCCCAGCCGACGCCUGGACCCGGAGGAAAACCGUCCAGGGAAGGCUGGCCUCUUUCAGGCAGGCAUUGGUGCAGCAUCACCACGGAACAACAGCCGGCCACCGGUCACCUACAACCGGCGCUCCUCUAGCCUGCUGUACCAGUUUGACAUCCUCAGACGAGAGUCCGACCCAACGCACGAUGCCUUCUGCAUAAGCGAGUGCAAGAAGGAGAAGGACGAGAAAGAUUACUACUGUUACAGUGAAUUUGCUGUGAAUGGGAUCGUCCAUGACAUUGACGUGCUGCGUAAAGGCAUACGCUUGGUUACACUCAUGGUGAGCAGCGAUGGCUUCUACAAGAUGAGUCGCCUCUAUGCCACCCCUGAUAGUUUCUUCUUCAAAGUGCGUCUUCUGGUUCUGGACACUUACAAAUGCAGCAAACCCUGUCCUGAUAUCAAAUUUGGGACACGAUACAUUGCAAUGGGACAAAUCUACCACCGGAGGCGCCAUCUUCCCAGCGACCUCCUGAACCUACUUGGUGGUAGGCUAAAACCAGGAGACGGCAUCCUGAGAAGCAACAACUACGUGAAAAGGUUCAACAAACGCAAGCACCAGAAGGUCCUGGAGGCCACACGGUCCAAGUGUAGGUGAACUGAAACAUAGGACUGUCACCCCCUGCUGCGAGGAAAGAGACACUGCAACAACAAACUGCUUCUGAAUAACCCCCUCAGUAUUAUUACACAAGAAGGACUGGCCAGCCAAUGGAAUUACUUUCCCAUGGAUGAUGUAGGAUAAAGCAGCUGUUUUCCAUUAGAUGUUUUUUUUUUUCAAGAUAUAUUUGUACUAUUUCCGAGAUUAAUUCAGGACCCUAGCAGUCUCUAAACAUCUAUUUAAACUCCAC